CUGUUAUGUGUAAUGGUUUGUUUUUUUAGGCUUGUUAUGCUGGCCUUUGCUGGAUCCAUUGGAAUGACUUUAGUGAUCUUGGCAUGUGCUUUACCGAAGUACAAGCUGUGGUGGCCAUUCUUUGUGGUGCUAUUCUACAUUCUGUCUCCAAUUCCGACGCUGGUGAAGCGUCGGUACAAUGAAAACACUGGCAGUAGCAGCUCGGGGGCUUACGAAAUUGCUAUUUUUAUUACGAUGGGCUUCGUGGUGUCGUCGUUUGCCCUGCCCAUUGUGUUGGCUAGGGCUCACGUGAUACUAUGGGAAGCAUGCUGCCUCACCCUGGCUGGGAAUGUAGUCGUGUACGCUACGCUGCUGGGCUUCUUCCUCACUUUCGACACAGACGACAAUGACUACAGCAUGUGGUGAUUGCUGUAGGACCAGCCGCAGCAGAGUUGAUAGACUGGGGGACUGGACAGCUUCGCGACUGCGAACCUGUUGAAGCUUUUUUGUGUGAUGUAUGAAUCUCUGUCGAAAGAGUGCGAGACACUGCUUGGGCAACAACAUUAACUCUGAUGCUGUUUCUUGAAACAUCGUUUAAGUGCAGUUUUCUUUGUGCUCUUUUUAAUUUAUACAUGACACAAUAACAUUUUCCUGUGAUUGAUAGUUUAUUUUGUUGAGUAAAUGGUGUGAAAUAAUUUUUCUCAGUUAGUUAGAAUUGUUGUCCUGUUGUACUAGGGUACUGUAUUUGUAUUAGCUUAUUAAUAAAGUAUAUGACUAAAUGUUUAAUGAAAAAUUUAUGAAUGUAUGUUUAUAUACAUAGUGUUUUUUAUGUAUAUUGUAGAAAAUAAAUUAAUGUCUUUUUAGUAAUGGGAUAAAAGGUGGUGUUUUUAAAAUUUGGAAAAUUAAAUUAUGUUUAAGCUCAUAAACCAUUAGUUAAAAGAUUUUUUUCCUUCAAAACUAUUUAUUUAUGCCAUGUACUUAACAUUAUAUAGAAUUGAAAGUGAGACCCAAUCUGUAUAUAUAUUAAUUUGCCACUUAAUGUCACGGACAUAUUUUAUAAACCACUGUGUUUAGCAGAAUUUACUUUUUGAAUAUAUAUUUUCCUAAAAUCUCCUAGGUUCCUUGAAAGUAAAUUAUGCUUGGGUACACUUCAGGUUCUUCGAUUGGUUUAUGUAUUCAGUUAAACAAAAGAACUCGUUAACAAUAAUUACUUUUGCUUGAUAUCUUGAAUAAAUGUUAUAAUGGCAAAUUUUUGUCAAAUUAAUUAGACUCUUCAAUUUUAAAUUUUGUAUUGUGCCAAUAACAUUUUUAUUACCAUGUGAUUUAUUUCUGCAUUAUUUGCUUUGAAUUACUAGAGAAUUCUUUGAUUGUCUCUUUUAUAUCUUUAAAUCAGUUAUUUUUAUUGUUUUGCCAUCAAAAUUAACUUCAAUAUAGUUAAUGUCAUUAGAAGUUUAAUUGCUGCAUAAUUUUUCUUAAAUUUGACUGAAUACAGUAAAUAGUAUUCAUAAUUAUUGUCUACCAGCAUCUUGUAUGCAGUCAUAGAUUGUUAAAAGACAUACGCACCUGGUACAUGAGAUUUGCUGAAGUGGUUUUCUGAAAUACAGGUAUUUUACAAGAAUCUAUUGAAAGUAGGUAUGGCAUUUAUUUGUGGAAUAAAAAGGUAGGCUUCUUAGUGAUUUCGGAAAACAACUCUGCAUAAGAAAAAUAAUAAAAAAUAAAUUUUUGUUCUGAUAAAUCUUAAAAUUGUGGUUUUUAACAUACAGUUGAAUGUCUAACAUUGAACUUUGCUUCGUACUCUCCACAAUAAAAAGGUAGUGCUUUUUUUAGACCCAGAGUUACUUGCUACACAAAGGAAAGCUUGCGUACCAGUUGAAUGUCUUGCAUUUUAAAACAUUGUCAUUGACCAAAUACCAUUGUGGAAUUCACACAUUAACAAAAAUACACAACAUCGUUUUCGUUUAUGUAGAAUCAAUAUUUUGGUAUUUGGGAUGCAUUAUACAGUGUUUUUGGCAUUUAAAUUGAAAACAAAAAAAAAAAAACACUUUUUAACUUCACACAAAUUAACUGAAAGUAAAAUAUGAGCUCAAACUUUAUAUGUGUAUAACAACCUUAAAGUCUUACAGAUAUCGGCAUUGGAAUGUCUUCAAAAUAAGUCUAUUUGACAGUUUGCUAGCGAAAGGUGGCAAGUCUCAUGGAAUAAGUCUUUAAAAUGAAGUUGUUUGAACAGGAUUGAAUUUCAAAUAAACUGUAUUAAAUGUGCAAAGACAGUAAUUUAAGGAAAUGUUUUAUGUGGUUAAAUGUUGACUUCCUUUGUGGAUGUAAAUUAGCUGGCAUUGCAAACUGGCCUUUUAAAUGUUCGUGCUUUCUAUACUCAUGCUAAAUAUUCCAGUUUCUAUUAAAAAUUAGUGUAAAUUGAGGAGUAUACAUUCCAGCUUUUAGGAUUAUGGUGGUACAGCACUGUUUUCAAUUAGAAUGUAAUACAACAUAUAAGUACAUCAUGAUCUUCUUGAUUAUCACAGAUCUGGGCACAUAAUGUCUCACCAGUUUGAAAAUUAUAAAAUUGAAUAAUUUUUUUUUUGAGGACACUGUACUUGUGAGCUCAAAUUGCACAUUACCUACGAGUUGUUUCUUGCUGCUUGUCAAAAACCAUUUUACAGUUGUCAUAUUUAAAGCUUUAAUAAAUAAGUUAGCAAUAUUUAUAUUGUGAUGGAUUGAUUAAACAUUUCCUUUACACUCAGUAAUUAAACCCAAUCUUGAUACUACCAUUUUCUAAUACUUCAUACUGAUAAUUUUAUUGAUUGGAAAGGAAAUUAUUAUAUGGAAAAUAUAAUAAAACACACAAUAUAAGGGUGGUAUUCAAUUUCAAUUUUUUUUAUAUUCAAGUCAGUAUAAAAAUAGUUAAAAUAUCAAGCUUGCAUCCGUAUUUAAAUUUAUUUAAUUAAGUAACUUUAUUAUUUCCUGAUUGUCUUUUCAUUGAAGAUGUUUUAGUAGUGAAAAUGUUAAUAUAAUAGCAAGGUUGUCAUAAAUUCAAGGUUGUCAUAAAAUAUAGGUUGUAUGUUUUUGUUCAGGAAACUAUAAUUAUUGUGUGAAAAUAUGUUACUGACCUGUUUGUUUUUGUAGAAAGUUUUUGACAAAAAAAACUCUACCUGCCAAGCAUUUCAUUUUUUUAGUAAAUGUCUCAUGUGUAUCUAGUUUAAACUGGAUCCUGGAAUGGAAAUAUGUUUACAGUAGUUAUUGUAAAUAAAUGUUUCAUAUCAUAGUUUAUGAAUAUGUGUGGCUUACUGUACCUAUUUAAAAAUAUGAUUUAAUGCAUUAAUAAUAUAUAUUUUACAAAUAUAUUUAAAGCGUGAUUCUAAAGAGAAAAGUUACACUGUAUAGUAAAAUUAAAUAAAUUGAAAUGAAACAACAAAUAUAACAAAAAUAUAGCAAUUGUA